CGCGGUCUGUCUGACGAACAUUUAAAUGCUUGUUCAUCACUAUUCUUCGGAUUUUCUAGCCUUUUUAGCAUCAUAUGAGAAAAAAGUCGGUGUGCACUCUUGGGUUACACUUGGGCUACUUUGACUCAUAUUGCUGGGUACCAUUUGGAUCAUUUUGUAAAUCCAAAUAAAAUGGACUCUGCGUACUUUUGUGGACCAAGAAACAACCAAGGGGCCUUUCCGUUGCCACACGUGAACUCGUUAUUUUAUGACGCUCACCAGCAGAUGGCGCGGCAGUAUCAGGUUCAUACGGCGAGCGCUUCGUCACCCAUUCAAACUUUCACAGUAGCGGAGCGCUUGGCAGAGCUCAUUCUUGAGGCGCGUUAUGGGAACCAGCAAAAGCAGCGCCGCAGCCGCACAGCCUUCAGUGUGUCGCAGUUACAAGCCCUCGAAAAGGCCUUUCAGCAAACGCAGUAUCCAGAUGUAGGUAUGAGAGAGAGGCUGGCAGUCUGCAUCAACCUCCCAGAGGCCCGGAUCCAGGUGUGGUUUAAAAACCGCCGUGCCAAGUUUCGGAAAGGUCAGCGUUUCGCUCCCGUUCUCAAAGAGGAAAGUCUUGUGCAUCGUUGUUCCAGUAGGCCUAAGCAAAGAAAAGAAGAAAUGAAGGAGGAAGACACCAGUUCACGAUCUCGAACCUCAAUCGGAGACGACAAAGUCAAACCCAUAAUUUCAUUUUCAACGGACUCUAUUCAUGUUCAGCCCCACCCGAGACUACACUCCGCUGCUGUUCUUCCAUUCAUUACAGGAGAACUCUACCAACAAUCGAUGCAUAAUGCACUUGGGCUACUGUCUGCUGGCCUUCCAUUUCCUCCUACAUAUUUACCCAUAAUGCAGCAGCAGCCCAACAUGGCUGUCAAUCUGGUGCCAAUUGGAAAAUGCAGCAAUCCUAUGCUUCAGUCUGCCUGUCAAUCUAAAUCCAUGGCACACCACCACCUGGACAUGUAGCAGUACCACCGACCAAGAGGCCCCACUGACAGUUGUCCACUUUGGGGCGUAAAGAGGGUAACAGGUGUUCCCUUGUCCCUCACUCACAACAACAUCAUAAAACUUUUACAUGAAUGACUUGGGAGAGUUGGAUAUUUUCUCAACUUUUAUUCAAUUUAGUGGUCUUGAUUGUAUUUGUUCUAACAGGCUUAUAACGGCCAUGCUUUCCUUAGCUUGGAACAUUGCUAAAAACCAUUGUGUUGCACACAUAUUUUUGAGCACUUUGAAGAUUUGAAUGAAUUUUAGUAGAAUUUGAAUAUUGAAAAUAUGUAAACGUAACAACCCCAACAGAUAUUGACCUGAAUCACUUGUGUUCAAUGUGUUCACUUG